AUGGACAAGCUCAGAUUGAAAUCUACAGAGCUGAGAAUUGUACUUCUUGGGAAGAAUGGAUCUGGAAAGAGUUCAAGUGGUAACAGGAUUCUCAUGAAAAACGCAUUCACAUCAAAGUGUUUACCAGUCUCUGUCACAAGAAUUUCCCAGAAGUCAACAGCUUCAGUGGGUAAUUCCCAAGUUGCCAUUGUUGAUACGCCUGGUAUUUUUGACUGUCAACUAAAUGAGAGUGAACUGAGUAAAGAAAUCCAAUGGUGUGUGGACUUGUCGUUGCCUGGGCCUCACGCUUUCCUCCUGGUUAUCAGGUUGGAUUUGAGACUGACUGCUGAAGAUGGAAAGCUUGUUGACUGGAUUAAAACCAAUUUCGGGGAAAGAGCUUUGAACUACACUAUUGUCUUGUUCACACAUGCUGAUCAAAUAGGUAAGGAAAAAUUGGAAGAACACAUCCAGUCCAGUAGCCAACUGUGUGAAAUCAUUGCAACAUGUCGGGGGAGACAUGUGUUCAACAACAAGAGUGACAGUACUGAUGAGGUUGAACAGUUGAGCUACGCCAGAUUUGGUGUCAAGCCAUCGUUUGAGGUCGUUCCAAUAGUUCGGAGACUCAGGUCACACUGUGCUGAAUGCAAUUAA